CGUCCGUUGGAUCUCGAAAGCUCGGCUGCCUUUUGCCACCCCUUUCCCCCCCCUUUUUUUCCAACCGCCAUCAUGCGUGAAAUCGUUCACAUCCAGGCUGGCCAGUGCGGCAACCAGAUUGGUGCCAAGUUCUGGGAGGUCAUCUCCGAUGAGCACGGCAUUGACCCCACCGGCACCUACCACGGUGACAGCGAUCUCCAGCUGGAGCGCAUCAACGUCUACUACAACGAGGCCACCGGUGGCAAGUAUGUGCCCCGCGCCGUCCUCGUCGACCUUGAGCCCGGAACCAUGGACUCAGUCCGCGCUGGCCCCUUCGGCCAGAUCUUCCGCCCCGACAACUUUGUCUUUGGCCAGUCUGGCGCCGGUAACAACUGGGCCAAGGGUCACUACACCGAGGGUGCUGAGCUCGUCGACUCUGUCCUCGAUGUCGUCCGCAAGGAGGCUGAGGGCUGCGACUGCCUCCAGGGCUUCCAGCUCACCCACUCGCUCGGCGGUGGUACCGGCUCCGGCAUGGGUACUCUCCUCAUCUCCAAGAUCCGUGAGGAGUACCCCGACCGCAUCAUGAACACCUUCUCCGUGGUGCCCUCCCCCAAGGUCUCGGACACCGUUGUCGAGCCCUACAACGCCACCCUCUCGGUGCACCAGCUUGUCGAGAACACCGAUGAGACCUACUGCAUUGACAACGAGGCCCUGUACGAUAUCUGCUUCCGUACCCUCAAGCUCACCACCCCCACCUACGGUGACUUGAACCACCUCGUCUCCGCCUGCAUGUCGGGUGUCACCACCUGCCUCCGCUUCCCCGGCCAGCUCAACUCUGAUCUCCGCAAGCUCGCCGUCAACAUGGUGCCCUUCCCCCGUCUCCACUUCUUCAUGCCCGGCUUUGCCCCCCUGACCAGCCGUGGCUCCCAGCAGUACCGCAACCUGUCGGUCCCCGAGCUGACCCAGCAGAUGUUCGAUGCCAAGAACAUGAUGGCUGCCUGCGACCCCCGUCACGGCCGCUACCUCACCGUUGCCGCCAUCUUCCGUGGCCGCAUGUCCAUGAAGGAGGUUGACGAGCAGAUGCUCAACGUUCAGAACAAGAACUCGAGCUACUUCGUCGAAUGGAUCCCCAACAACAUCAAGACCGCCGUCUGCGACAUCCCUCCCCGCGGCCUCAAGAUGUCCUCCACCUUCAUUGGUAACUCGACCGCCAUCCAGGAGCUCUUCAAGCGCGUCUCGGAGCAGUUCACUGCCAUGUUCCGUCGCAAGGCCUUCCUUCACUGGUACACUGGUGAGGGUAUGGAUGAGAUGGAGUUCACUGAGGCCGAGUCCAACAUGAACGAUCUCGUCUCCGAGUACCAGCAGUACCAGGAUGCCACCGCCGAGGAGGAGGGCGAGUUUGACGAGGAAGAGGAGGAGAUGGAGUAAACUCCUUACUCUUAAUUCCAGUCGACUUGUCGGAUUCUUGCCGACGUUUCAUGUUUUUGUAUCUUUAACAUCUUGUGUUUUUUGCCUAACCAAAACUGUUAACUGGCUCGUGAUGUGGCCUGGUUUCGAUGAUGGCUUUGCCAUUCGAACCCAUUGGCCCCCCGACCCCAGUGGUUGAUGUGUUUUCAACCCCACUUUUCUUGUUUUGGUGUCGUAGACGCGUGCGGUUGUCGAAUUGAUUCCAGCCCUCCGA